AUGCGGUUCAAACGUCCUCCGGGUACUGAGAGGUUCACGGCGGAUGUGCCCGCUAUCCAGCCGCAGUCCACGAUGCCUUCCGUUCCAUUCAAUAAAUCGCAAAUCCGCACUUACCAGAGGCAAGAGGAAUACCUGAAGGAUGCGAAGUCGAGCGAUAUUGUGAUUGCAAUUUAUUGCUGGGACCGGCGAUGGAUAGGGGAACCGCAACCAGUAACAUUCUGGGGUGGUCUGAACUCAGAGACGCCGCUGGACAACCAAUCACCCUCGGAUUGGAAGGCAGUCCAGGCAACCUCAGAAAGUGGCAAUGAUCCUGAUGGCGUGGCAAGAGUCGUCAUCGUCCGAAUGCAGGGCGUCUGGGAGGUGGAAAAGGAUAUAUCAGAAUUCAUUGACAAUCUAUCAAACAUGGGUUUUCCGAAAGAGGGGCUCAGAGUUGUUUACGAGCUCCCUGAAAUGGUUGUGCAUCCUUUGGUUGUGUCAGGGCCAUCUGUCCCCAGCCGAGUCAACAAAGGCGUGGUUCUUACCACAACAUGGGGGCAACUCUACGGCGAGACAUUAGAUAACAGAGAAUUAGAGAAAGAGGUGGAAAGUAUGAAGGAGGACUUCAUGCGCCGUGUACUGGGGAACGUGGUGAACGCGGGGUGGCAUGUUAUGUCUCUUUACCCAGAGACUCCGGAGAAGGCGUGGCAGGUUAUCGAGUUCAUCUUAAGCGACAAGGACUACAUCUAUGAUCCCAUCUUCCGAUUUCCUCGUGGUUAUGUAUGGAAAGAGGGCGACGACGUCUCGUUCAAAUAA